AUGAAGAUAUACAGCAUCGCUAUUUUAAGAAACAAGUCUGAAAAGUCGCUAGAACUAUGCAGUGUUAAGGAUUUGGCACAGUUUGGGUUUUUUGAAAGGAAUGGAGUGUCACAGUUUAUGACCUUUUUUGGUGAGACGGUUGCUGGAAGGACCCAACCAGGUCAGAGACAUAGUAUUGAAGAAGGUAAUUACAUCGGUCAUGUUUACAGCAGGUCUGAAGGUAUCUGUGGCGUGUUGAUUACAGACAAGGAAUAUCCAGUAAGGCCAGCUUAUACCUUGUUGAACAAAGUGUUGGACGAGUAUCUCGUUGCACAUCCCCCUUUGGAGUGGAAGGACAUAGCUCAAACAAAUGACAGUUUAAAGCUAAAGGAAUUGGAUCUUUACUUAUCCAAAUACCAGGACCCUUCGCAGGCAGACUCUAUUAUGAGAGUUCAGCAAGAGUUGGACGAAACUAAAAUUGUCCUACAUAAAACGAUAGAAUCCGUGUUACAGAGGGGUGAGAAACUAGAUAAUCUCGUUGAAAAAUCGGAAUCCCUCUCUGCAUCAUCCAGAAUGUUUUACAAACAGGCUAAAAAGACCAACUCCUGCUGUAUAAUUAUGUAG